AUGAGCUUUGAACGCUAUCAUUCCUCGAAAUCAAAUUUUGAAUCUGAUAACAACUAGUGCAAUCACAAUGGAAACAAUCACGUGCGUUUGAAAUAUGCUCCAAUUAAAAUUAUUCAAAAUAAAGUAGGAGACUGUGAGAAGAAACGAAAAUAUCCUCAAUUAAAUUUGCGAUUUUAACCAGCUGAUGAAAUCACAACUCGUUAAGAUCCAAAUGUUACUAUUCCUCUAAGUUUUCUAUAAUAAUUAAUUCAAUAGGCAUAUUCAAAUAAAUAAUUACGCACUAUCAAUAACCCAUCAAUUCGCAUUGAAGAAAAUAGGAAUGAUGCAGUGGAAGAGUUAAUAAAAUAAAUUGAAAUCCAAUAGAAGGGUAUUUACCCAAUUGAUGAGGAACAAAAAUUGUAGAACAUCCUCUUAUCAAACCACAUGAACUUUAUACUUGAAAACGAUGAUGCAAAGGAGAUUAUUGAUAACUUCUUUUUAGAUAACUUUAACCUAAAACCUCAUUUUUGGACCUGGCUAAAAUAAUUAGAAAUAAAAGCCAUCUAAGACAUGUACAUUCAUUGUCAUUUUGAUCCCAAAAGGAUAACAAUGCCAAGAUAUGUUCAAACUAUUAUUUCAAAAACUCUCUAUUGAAUUUUAUUCAAAACAUGCUUAUGCUUAAAUAUUGCGAAGUGAUUUAUCUGAUAAGCUAAAAUAUUUAUCUUAAAUUGGAGAAAUAUUUAAUAAAAUUGCAAAGCCAUAAGAGUUUUAUUAUUUUAAAUCAAGGUGAUACCAAACUGUAAUCAUAUGAGCUUAAAUUAUUUUUCUGUAUAUUAGUUAAUAAAAUAAUAAUAUCAAAA